AUGACGAAUAAUAAAAGGGAAAUCGAUUUGUCACAUGAUAAAGCUUCAAGUCAGACAUUAACGAAUCCUUGUACUGAACCAUAUUUUUGUGGAAGUUGGUAUAUUGCAAGCAACGCAGUUGACAGAAAUAUGUCAUCAUGUACACGGACCGGAGUUAUAGGAGGAUCCUCUCCCGACACCAGUGUGUGGUGGAGAGUUGAUCUUGGUGAUAUCUACAGUAUUCACAGUAUCAGGAUACUAUUCAAGGACUUUGGCUCAGCAUACGUUAUGAGACAAAGAGGACGAUUUGCAGGAUUCUCCAUCUAUCUUUCAAACUCCACCAACAGAGAAGAUUGGGUUCUUUGUUACAAGGACGGACCUGAGCUGCCUCCUUUGGAUUUUAACACAACUUGCAUAAAAUAUGGACGAUACGUCGUUUAUUACAACGAAAGACUGGAUGACGUUACCUAUCCUGAUGGUUACAAAACUCAAAGCAUAACAAUGUUAUGUGAAGUGAUAGUUUAUGGUUGUGCUAAAAAUGGAGUUUAUGGCGUUAACUGUGAUCUACCAUGCCCUGCCAACUGCCAGGAACUGAGAUGUCACAUAGUUAACGGAAGUUGUCUGGGAUGUAGGCCAGGAUGGACGGGAGACAAAUGUGAUAAACCAUGCCCUUUUGGAUGGUAUGGAAUAGGAUGUGAAAACAAAUGUCUUGGUUAUUGCAAAAACAACGUUACCUGCAAUAAUGAGUCGGGCAAUUGUGUAGGCGGAUGUGCUUCGGGAUGGAUGGGAGUCAUAUGUAAUAUAGAAUGUGUAAACGGAACAUUUGGUCCAGGUUGUAUUCAUAAUUGUAGUGGAAAUUGUUUGAAUGAUUCUCACUGCAACAAAACAACAGGAAGUUGUGACUUGGGUUGUAGACCUGGAUAUAUAGGACCUUUCUGUAACAAAACGUGUCCUGUUGGAACGUAUGGAAACUUUUGCAGGAAAACUUGCAGUGAUAACUGUUUUAAUGGCACAGUUUGUAAUUAUGUUGACGGAAUCUGCAGUAACGGUUGCAACAAUGGAUAUACUGGAUAUAGAUGCAACACACGUAAGACAUACAAGUAUAAACAAUGA